ACUUCGUCCCAGACCGACACUGUGUCAAUCACAACAAACAACACAAAGAUCAUCGAAAAACUGAAAGUGGAAAUAAAGUGAGCUGAAGUGAGCCAUGUAUGACUGCUGUCCUGUGUGUCUGGGCAGGCUUCGUCGGCAGGUGAAGACGCCAUGCAAGCACACAUUCUGCAAGAACUGUCUAUGCAAUGUCUACAAACACAGCCCCGCCAAAGCCUGUCCCCUCUGCCGGGCCCCAUUGGAGUACUACAUCAGCAAGAGGAACAGCACAAUCAAACUGGUCUUCUUUUCAUAGAGUCCAUCGUUAAAUUUAAAUGUUAAUGGAUGUUGCUUUUCUGUUACUUGUUUAAAUUAUUUCAAUUUGUUUAAUUUUAUAUAUAAAUUUAAAUCAAAAGUAGCACAUUGGACACCAGGAUUCCGAAAAUCAAUAGCUUAGCUUAUGCAAUGUAAUGUUGCCCGCAGACAGUGAAAUUAUGAUUAAAUCGCUUGACUGGGAGCUUCGGGGUCUUCAUUCAGCCAAGUACAACAAUCGAAUGGAGAAAAG